UGCGCUCCGCUAAUCAGCUCUAGAACUAGUCUAGGUCUAGUAUUUUGGCCCUCUUCAACUCAGUUUCCUAGCCCAAAAUUUCGACUUUUUGACUUCAGUCAGUGAGGUGAUGACUACCCUCAAUUGACUGGUGAGCGACGCUUUAUUCGAAGGAUUAAAACGUGUCAUUUUUUCCCCUUCCAAUGAGGGCAUAAUCACGAAACGCACCAUGGCCAGCCCUGUCUAUGGUUAGGUUAUCAUCCUUUUAUUGCUUGUUUCGUCCAAGGGGACGAGCUUUUGUCCAAUAUCUCUUCACGCGCCCUCUAUUGCCACGACUCGCUGCGGAACGCCAAACCCAGGCACAAUAACUCCGCCAUGUCCGAUGGCACCAGCAAGAGCGGCUCUAAGUCUUCUUUCCACUUUGUAGCCGGCCUCGGGUCGGGCGUCCUCUCGGCCGCACUCCUGCAACCAAUCGAUCUUCUCAAGACCCGGGUUCAGCAGUCCCCACACCAAAACAUCCUCCGCACCGUCUCCGAGAUCCGCCACACCUCUCCGGCCGGGCUCCGUGGUCUUUGGCGCGGCACAGUCCCGUCAGCUUUGCGCACAGGCUUCGGCUCUGCCCUUUACUUCUCCACCCUCAACGCCAUCCGCCAGGCCGCUGUGCCGCUAUUUGCCCACGAUGCUGCCGUAACCACCUCCCCGAACGGCGGCAACUUCGCCAAUAACAAAAACAACAGCAGCCGCCUCGUCAAACUCUCCAAUACAGGCAACCUCCUGGCAGGCGGCGUUGCCCGUGGCUUCGCAGGCUUUGUCCUAAUGCCCCUGACCGUCAUCAAGGUUCGGUACGAGAGCUCUUUAUACUCAUACCGCUCCAUCGCCGGCGCUGCGGGCGACAUACUACGUACCGAGGGUCCUCGCGGCUUCUUCGCCGGCUUCGGCGCCACCGCGCUCCGCGAUGCCCCCUACGCGGGGCUCUACGUUCUGCUCUAUGAGCAGUUCAAACGGCGCUUGGGCGGCGUCGUCAGCAGCAGCGCAGCGCCAGAGACCAACGAAGAUAACCGGAUGGGCGUGUCAAGAGCCGCCGCCGUUAACUUUUCCUCGGGCGUCCUGGCUGCCGUGGCCUGCUCCGUCGUUUCGAACCCCUUUGACGCCGUCAAAACUCGCAUCCAGCUGCGGCCAGGACGCUACCGCAACAUGGUGGUCGCCGCCAGGACCAUGAUGGCUGAGGAAGGCGCUCGCUCUUUCUUCAGCGGUCUGGGCUUGCGCAUGAGCCGAAAGGCGCUUAGUUCAGCCUUGGCGUGGACGCUGUACGAGGAGCUCAUCAUGCGGGCCGAGGUGGGCUGGUCCUUGUCCUCGAGCCGGACCGAGAGGGCCAUGUGAGAAGGGCAGGCAGGACAUAAAAAUAGAAGAGAGGGGAUAUUGCCCGCCACAUCGGCAAUUAAAGAACCCCUUCUCGUGUGACAGUAGUCUGUAUAAUUACUCACCACUUAUUACGACUUCGCCCCAUGGUACAAAGGGGAUUUACUUUUGUACAUUACCAUUAGACACGACUUUGGUAGUUUUUGGCUACAUUGUAUACCCAUAAGGCGCUUCGGUAGGACCACGAUGAAAAAAAGAGGCACUUGGAACUUGAGAUUUUAUACAUAUCUCGAUUUUCUGUAUAAGCUGACUGAGCAAGGUGCUUGCGCAAGGUGCUUGUGGUUGCCGUAAGAGAGGUGACUUUAC